AAUAUAUGUAUAGUACCUGUAUUCAAGGUACCUUGACGUUAGAUAUAAAUUUCUACUGUAUUUUUUCUUUUAUUGUAUCUCAACCAUCCCCCCACAAUAUAGUGAUCGAAUAAUGAUACAGUGAUUAAUAAUAUACAUUAAUCGAUGAAUAAUAGUUAUUAUGACUUAUAACUCUCAAAAUAAACCUCUUCGAUAAAAUUUUAAUAUUAUAAACAUUAGUAGUCUAUAGUAAGUAUUCUAAUAUUUAUUAUAAACAUUGUUCGGAAUAGUGAUUACGCUUGGAUAGCCCAUCGACCAAUAGACAUGGAGGCAAAGUUUGUUAAUUUCACCAUAGAAACCAGAAAUAUCAGUCAAAAUUUUGAUUCGAAUCAUAAACAAGGAGAUUCUUUCCUCAAAAUUUAUUUUGAUCGUUUCGGAAUAAAAUUAUCAAUCGAAAAUGGAUAACACAAGUGAUGAGAAAAUUUGUUGUGAAGCUUAUCAAGUUGUGGAGGAUGGAAAAACCUUCUGGAGUAUGGAUGAUUUUUACCCAAAGGAAUCAAAAUCUUGCGAAAGUGUAAUGCCAUGUCCAAAGGAGCAAAAUGCACAAAAAAGUUGCGCAAAAAAAAGAUCAAAGAAACCAAUGAAACAUAAAAAGUCCUGCAAACGACCGGCAUCAGCUGGAACGAACCUAUGCACAGGAAACUCAUCUCAGCAGAUGGCGAAACAAGGCCCAAAAAAUAAUUCCGAGUGUUCGAUGAAAGUUAGUUCGUGUCCUCCAAAAGUGAACAAGGAGUGUGUGGUGAUUCUACCGCCGACAGAACGGAAAAGCAACUGUGCGAAUUUCAAUCAGGAGUCUGCAGUCGAGAAGAGCAGCAAUGAAACGAUGUCAUGUCCAAUUUGCGCCAAUAUGCGCAAUCAGACAGAACAACGGGGCUCACAAGGCUCUCGUGGCUCACAAGGUUCAAUAGGUUCACAAGGCGCUCGUGGCUCACAGGGUUCAAUAGGAUCACAAGGAGGUCGUGGCUCACAAACCUUGCAGCGCUUGAGUAACUCCAGUCAACAGUCAGGACGAAGAAGCAGCACUGGGAGCUUGAAACAGGGAAGCUGUCACGAUUCAGCAGUGGCAAAGAGCAGUUGUGGAACGGUGGCAAGCAGGGUGUGUUCCUGUCCACAGACGAAAUCCUCCCAAAACACGGCAUGUGACAACAACGAUGAUCAACAAAUCUCAACAACAUCCUGCAACGAUGAUCAACAAAUCUCAAAGCCAUCUUGCAACGAUGACCAAGUGGCCAAACAAGGCAAUCGCCAGAUAGCAAUCAAAAUGUGCCUUGAGAAACCCAACGACAACAUGAACUGUGGAGAUGGGGCCGCCACCAGUUACCCCUGCAACAUUGUCAUGGACUUCUUGAAAACGGGUGACCAGCAACCGAAACGCGUCAAGCUUUCUCUCCAAAUCUACAUCAACGGCGAUAAGCCGAAAUCAGCUCAGCUCGCCAUUCAAAGUGUGGACUGCUGUUCAUGCAGCAAUUAGAUUCCAAUCAAACUUACAUACAAUUUUUAAAUUAUAAGUUAUUUACCCUAAACCUUUUGCAAGAUAAAAAAAUGAAAGUUCAUCUUUAUAGAGAUUUUGGUUAACCAGGACACAAGCUGCAAGCAUAAAUUAGGGGACAACUGACUUGCAAUCUAUGAUGUUAUCUAAUUGUAGUCUACCAAAUAAUGAUGCUUUACUAUUAGUAAAAUUCAAUUGUGAACAGUGUAUCGAAUUAAAUAUGUAUUUUACACAACAA